AUGAAUUUUUCUCUACUAUUCAUGUUUUACAUAGGAGCGGCCGAAUUUCAUGAAAAUUCCCUACUUGCAUUCGACAAAGGAUUAGCCAAUGGAGUGGAGAUGCUGGAAUUAGAUUGUCAUUUGACAAAAGAUCAUCAAGUCGUUGUACACCAUGAUCCGUCAUUACACAGAACUACAGGUCAUCUAGGAUAUAUUAAAGAUAUUGAAUAUGCUAAAUUGCCUGCGAUCAAUAAUAAAAUACAACUUUAUUGUGAUUCAGAUCUUACUAUCUCUUGUGAUAACAGUCCUUCAAAUUCUGAUCUAUUACGUAUACCAUUGUUAAAAGAUGUUUUUGCACGUUAUCCAACAACUCCGAUCAACAUCGACAUUAAAGUCAACGAUGAUGAAUUGAUCAAACAAGUUUCAGAUCUCAUACAAAAAUACCGACGAGAACAUAUUACCAUAUGGGGAAGUUUCAGUCAUACGGUAUGUCGAAAAUUAACUCUGCAAAAUCCUCGUAUCAUUCGGUUCUGUUCAUUCAAAGAAGCAGCAUAUGUUGUUUUUGCUUAUUGGACUGGCCUAUUACCAUUUCUUCCAUUGACACCUGGCGCAUUCGAAGUACCUAUUCCUGGCGAAGUCUUUCAAAAGUUUACCGAGAAUAUAAAUUGGAAGUACAAAAUCAUUCUUUACUUAGCCGAACGGAUAUUAAACAAUAAAUCCAUGUUUGCGCAUUUACAACGACGUGGAAUACCAGUUUACGUUUGGAUAUUGAACAAUGAUCGAGAGUUUCAGUAUGCCUUCACAGAAAUGGGUGUCACUGGUAAUGCAUUCGUACCGCACUCACUUUCAUCGACUUUUCGCGUAUCUAAACAGAAAGCACACAUGGCCAACGCCCGAACUGAUGCUAUCAUCGAUGCUUGGAAAAGCAAAGCUGGCUUAACUUUAUCAGCUGAAGAAGAGCAAAAGCUUAAAGCCUGGUUCGCUGGUGCUGCUGAACGCAUCCAAACUCGUCGUGAAGGUGGCAAAAAACUUUUCGUCGAAUUGACUGCCGCCGUUGAAAGCAACGACAGUGCUAAAGCUGAUGAAUUGUUGAAAAAAUUACGUGAAGGUUUCCGUCAACUCUCUGAAGGUCGCGAAAAAGCUCUUGACGAAUUCGACAACAUCCUUUCAGCAGAUCAACGUGCACGCAUUGUUGUUGCUGCUGUCAAACAAGCCAAAGAAUCUGGCCGCCCAAUAAAGUUCGCAUUGAUAUUAUCAUUGGUAGUAUUUUUGUCGCAUGGUAAAUUGCAGAAUAUAGAUCAUUUAAAAAUGGCUUCAGCUAUAUUCACAACAUUUCUUUGUCGUCAACAACGAUUCUUAACUCUCACCCGUUCACCAGUGGCAACACAAUUAUGGACUCGACUUGCUUCGACAUCCGUUCAACAACAGCAACAACAAACUGCAAAUAAGCCUGUGAAUUUACAACAACUGAAGAAUUUAAAAGUUGAUUAUCAAGAUGAUAUUGCUGUUGUUCAAUUCAAUCAAGAAAAUUCCAAAGUGAAUACAUUAUCCAAGGGUAUGAUGGAUGAAUUUGUUCCAUUGUUUGAACAAUUACAAAAUGAUGAUAAGGUGAAAGGUAUUGUCGUUAUGUCUGCUAAACCCGGCUCGUUUAUCGCUGGAGCUGAUAUUAAUAUGCUUGAAUCAGCUAAGAAUCGUGAUGAAUUAUUCAAAAUCUCUCGCAACGGUCAAGAUGUUAUGCAUAAAAUCGAGCAAUCACGAAAACCGAUCGUCGCUGCCAUUGCUGGCUCAUGUCUUGGCGGUGGAUUUGAAGUUGCAUUAGCAUGCCAUUACCGCAUUGCUAUGAACGAUAAACGAACAGGAUUUGGUGUGCCCGAAAUUAAACUCGGUUUAUUACCUGGUGCUGGUGGUACACAACGAUUAAUACAAAAGCUUUCGUUACCUGACGCGCUUGAUUUGGUCUUAACUGGCAAAGAAGUUAAAACAAAGAAAGCAAAAUCAUUAGGACUAGUCGAUGCAGUUGUUGAACCCAUUGGACCAGGUUUACAAACAGCGGAAGAGAAAAACAUCGAUUAUCUUCGCUCAGUUGCUGUACAGAAAGCGAAGGAACUCACUUUUAAAAAACACGUCAAACCACAACCCGGUUUACUGGAAAAUAUCAAAUCUAAAAUCAUGUCGACUUCAUAUGUACAAAAUUAUAUUUUCGAACAAGCCAAGAAGAAAGUUAUGUCACAAACACAAGGUCUUUAUCCUGCACCUUUGAAAAUUCUCGAUGUUAUCAAACAAACAGUUGAAAGUGGUUCGAAAGUUGGAUACAAUGCUGAAGCAGAAGGUUUUGCUGAUCUUGGUACCACAAGUGAAUCCAAAGCAUUGAUUAGUUUAUUCCAUGGACGUACUGAAUGUAAGAAAAAUAAAUAUGGUAAACCAGAACGAGAAGUCAAAAAUAUUGCUGUUAUUGGUGCUGGUUUAAUGGGCGCUGGUAUUGCACAUGUGUCGAUCGAUAAAGGUUUUAAUGUUAUUCUACGUGAUCAAACAACCAAAGCACUAUCACGUGGUUAUUCACAAAUUACCAAAGGUUAUCAAGGUUAUGUCAAACGUAAAAGACUGACAAAUACUGAAUACGAUCGAAUCUUAGCAAACUUGGAAUGUCAAACAACAUUUGAUAAUCUCGAAAAAUGUGAUAUGGUUAUUGAAGCUGUCUUUGAGGAUCUUGGUUUAAAACAAAAAGUACUUGCUGAGAUUGAACAACGUAUUCCUGAACAUUGUGUCUUUGCUUCAAAUACAUCCGCAUUACCCAUUCAUGAAAUCGCUGCGAAUAGUAAACGUCCAGAAAAGGUGAUUGGUAUGCAUUAUUUUUCACCGGUGGACAAAAUGGAAUUGUUGGAAAUCGUUCGAGCUAAACAAACAUCUGACGAUACCGUUCGUUCAGCUGUGAGUGUUGGUCUCAAACAAGGCAAAGUUGUGAUUGUUGUCGGUGAUGGUCCUGGUUUUUAUACUACACGUUUGUUAAUGUUUGCCGGUGCCGAAGUGUUUCGCCUUCUUCAAGAAGGUGCUUCACCAAAAGAUAUCGAUAAAGCAACAAAGAAAUUUGGCUUUCCAGUCGGUUCAGCGACACUCUUUGACGAAGUCGGUAUCGAUGUAGCUGCUCACAUUGCACGUGAUAUGCAAUCCGUUUUCGGUGAACGCCUUGCAGAUAAAUCCAUGCCAGCGUUAUUUCAAGACCUUGUUAGCAAUAAUUUACAUGGAAGAAAAACUGGUCAAGGUUUAUAUAUCUAUCAAGCUGGUGUCAAAGGUGGUGACCGAGAAGUGAAUCCCAAAUUCACGGAAUUGAUCAAAAAUUAUGCAGCUGAAGCAAAAGAACAAGUAACAACAGAAUCAAUUCAAUGGCGUACUGGUCUUCGAUUUUUGAACGAAGCCGCACGUUGUCUUGAAGAAAAAAUUAUUACAUCUCCAACUGACGGUGAUAUUGGUGCAGUUUUCGGACUUGGCUUUCCUCCAAUGAAAGGCGGUCCAUUCCGUUUCAUGGACACCUAUGGUGUUUCAAAAAUAGUCGAUUUGAUGAAUAGUUAUCGUAGUAAAUAUGGUGAACGUUUCGCACCAACACAAUUAUUAGUUGAUAUGGCUAAGGAAGACAAGAAAUUCUAUUCUUAA